UUCUGCGCGCUCCCCUCCUGCUCCCUCGUUUCUCGGUCAGUAGGAGCCGCCGUUUCGUUUGCCGCCGCCGCCGCGCACCUGAGGGGCCCCUUCCCACCCCACAUGGAGCCCCCCGGGCAAGUGCGCGGUGGGGCCCACAGACCCGACCCCGGAGGCCCUCGCCAGGGCCAGUUUAGCCAUUCCUAUGUACCCACAGAGGAUGAAAAGAGAGUCUUCGAAGAAUGCAAUACGGAGAGCCUCUGGUACAGAUCGCUGCCUUUUUCUGCUGUUGGCAUGCUUGUCACCCAAUUACUAAUUAAAAAAGGAAUUCUUACAACACAUUCAAAGUUUGGCUCUCUACCAAAAGUUUUAUUUGCUGGCUUUUGUGGCUACAUUGGUGGAAAGUUUUCUUAUAUGAAGGCAUGCCAAGAGAAGCUUAAAAGACUAGAGAAUUCACCACUGGGAGAAGCUCUGAGGAAAAACAAACCUAUUCAACCUGAGUAUUACUCUAAAAAAACAGACGCUUCAGAUGUGCCUUUACCUUUUGAAAGUACUCCAGCAGCAGCAGCAGCACCACAAAUGCAUACUUCCAAAUACCAUCUUGAUAAUUAUGGAGCGACAGACUUUCCCUCUAGUGAUGAUCCAGUCCCCUUUAGUUCUACCAUGAAUGAAUCUUCUCCUUCUGGAAUAACAGAUGGUCUCCCUCAAGAACCUGCUUUGUUUCUGGAAGACCGUCCAAAAAGAAAAGGAAUCACGUAUGAUGAAUUAAGGAGUCGCAAUAGAGAGAUGUAUGAGGCAGGAAUAACACAGAAGUCAGAAUUCCCGUCAAAGUCUUCACAGGAAAAACCAAUAAAGAGAAAUGUUAAAGUCAAUAAGUAUGGAGAUGCUUGGGAAGACUGAAAAUCUUUAUACCUUCUGAAGGCUUUUCUUCAAUCAAAAACUUCAGCUUUAUCAGUGUUGGUCAAAUACCUGAAUGUUCUUCUGUACUCUGAAAUGCACUUGCUUUACAAUAAAAAAAUACUUGGGUCUUCCUUUUUGUUUUGGCAAAGUAUCAGACUGGAUUGUUAGUCUGUUUAAAUAGUAACAAAAAGGAAGAAAGAAGGUGACUAACUGGAAUUCACAGAAGCAAUUAUCUUGGGCCUAUAGUCUACUUGGAUUGUACUGCUGCUGAAGUGGAAGAGAUAACCAAAAUUAUUUAAGUCUAUCCCUCCUCACUUUAAAAGGGAAUUCACUGUAGCUUUAACUUUUAUUUCUUCCUUGCAUGUUUCUAAUUUACCUAUUCAGGUGGUAAAACUAGAGCUGCAAUCUGAUUACAGAAAUGUUGAUGGAGCAUAAAUUUCAGUCUGUCAUUAAACUUUGUGUAUGUAUACAAGUUACGUGUUCCUAAAGCCAGAAAUCAAGCAGCCUUCACCAAACUUGUGUCCCCCAGAUGUUUUGACUACAGCUCUGAUCAUGAUAGCUAGGACCGAUGGUGUCAUAGUUGUCUAAAACAUCUGGAGCAUCAGUCUGGAGAAGGCUGUCUUAGAAAAAGCAUUGCUCCGGUAUGUGAGAGGCUUUAUAAGCAGGGUUUAUUAAACCCUUACAUUUAAAUAUUGCAGUCCUGGUAAAAGCCACAAGCAAGUUUAGCAUAAAUAUAUUGGUUUCCAUUAUAUUCUAUAUCUGAUUCAAACAGAAUAUCAGUACAGGAGAGGAAGACCUUAUGGUAGGCUAAAUCGUGUACCUAAAGCUAAAUGAAUCAAAAUUUACUUUUGAGAAUAUCAGGUCAAGAAAUUAAGUAAAAGAGAUUUUGAAAUGUG